AUGAAGCUUCUGACAAAAUGCUUCCAUUUGCCGACAUUUUUGAAGGGAAGAGAAAUUGAGAUGAUGGAACUGUUCGAUAAGAGAAAUGAAAAAUUGCUCUUCAAGUUUUGGGAGUUUUUGAGGAUGGAAUAUGCUCAUGAGACGCUGAGUUUUUACAUGUCGAUUCAGGAGUUCAAAAUCUUUGCCCAAGAGAUCAUCAGGCGAUCCGGCAACGAGCCCUCCUGA